UAUUGCGUUCUUAGCUACUCCUUUGCUCUGACUCUGAGAUAUUAGAUUCGGAGAACUGGGACGCUGAGAAGUCCUGCCAAGGACUUGCUUCAUUCUGUGGAUAUCCUGCAUGACGGGAUAGGUCCGUGAAGAGCAGAUAUGAGUUUGUAUGCAAGAAGGGUAACUCUGCCUGCUAUAACGCCAAUAGUUCUGCAAAAAAGGGUGAUUAAAGUAUACAGUGAAGAUGACACCAGCAGAGCUUUGGAAGUCCCCAGUGAUAUUACAGCCAGGGAUGUUUGCCAGUUGUUAAUCCUGAAGAACCAUUAUAUUGAUGACCACAGCUGGACGCUGUUUGAGUACCUUCCUCACAUGGGUUUAGAAAGAACAAUAGAAGACCAUGAAUUGGUGGUCGAAAUACAAUCAAAAUGGGGAAUGGAAGAAGAAAAUAGGCUGUGUUUUAGAAAAAAUUAUGCCAAAUAUGAAUUCUUUAAAAAUCCAGUAAAUUUUUUUCCAGAGCAUAUGUUAUCUUUUUCAAGUGAAACCAAUGGAGAAAUAGCUCACACACAGAUUUUGCAGAUGUUUCUAAGCUCAAGCACAUAUCCAGAAAUACAUGGUUUCUUACAUGCUAAAGAGCAGGGAAAGAAGUCCUGGAAAAAAAUUUACUUUCUUCUACGAAGAUCUGGCUUAUAUUUUUCUACUAAAGGAACAUCAAAGGAACCAAGGCAUUUGCAGUUUUUCAGCGAAUUUAGUAGCAGCGAUCUCUAUGUCUCAUUGGCGGGCAAAAAGAUGCAUGGAGCUCCGUCUAACUUUGGAUUCUGUGUUAAGCCUAACAAAACAGGAGGAACCCGAGACCUGAAACUGCUCUGUGCAGAUGAAGAGCAGAGUAGGAUCUGCUGGGUGACAGCGAUUAGAUUGCUUAAGUAUGGGAUGCAGCUGUACCAGAAUUACACGCAACCACACCAAGGUAGAAGUGGCUGUAGUUUUCAGAAUAUUUCUCCCAUGAGAAGCAUUUCAGAAAAUUCCCUAGUAGCAAUGGACUUUUCUGGCCAUAAAGGUAGAGUUAUAGAAAAUCCCACCGAAGCUCUGUCAGUUGCAGUUGAAGAAGGACUAGCAUGGAGGAGAAAAGGAUGUUUACGACUGAAUGCACAUGGUAGCCCCACUGCUUCUCAAACCUCUUCCUCUAACAUAGCUAUUCACAGGUCACAGGCAUGGUUCCACCAUAAAAUCUCCAGAGAUGAAGCUCAGAAGCUGAUUUUACAGCAAGGACUUGUCGAUGGACUUUUCUUGGUACGGGAUAGCCAAAGUAACCCCAAAACAUUCGUAUUAUCAUUGAGCCAUGGACAGAAAAUAAAGCACUUUCAAAUUAUACCACUGGAAGAUGAAGGCGAAAUGUUUCAUACUCUGGAUGACGGUCACACCAGAUUCACGGAUCUUAUCCAGCUAGUGGAGUUCUAUCAGCUUAAUAAGGGAGUAUUGCCUUGCAAAUUGAAACAUUAUUGUUCUCGGAUUGCCCUUUAACCAAAAUAGAAAUCAUUCCACCAAUCAAUAGUGGAAAAUGGAGACACUAGAACAAUUUUAAAGGCCAUUUGUAUGAGAAAAAAAUAUUUCCAUGUCGAACUGAAUAUAAAUUUCACUUGCAAGCUGCAAAGAAGAGUUUAUGUGAGUCAUAAAUAAGAAAACACCUGCAAUUUGCAUUGCACACAUCAUUUACAAUUCACUGCUGGACAAAUUAAACCUCAAAAAGAGAUUCUGUGUGUUACUGUGCAAUUUUAACAGUACUUCAAAUUACUUCGAUCCUCUUUACAAACCCAAACAGGAAUGUUUAAAACACUUCUACAACUUCAUUUACCAUAGCAUUAGAGGACUGUUACACACACACACACACACACACACACACACACAUAAAAAUCAAAGGAACCUUGGCUUUGAAAUGAAUUAUUUGCUCCUUUUAGGUUGCAAAGAGUCAGGUCUGAAUUUUGUUUAGCAACUCUAAAUAAAACUGAAAAUUCUCUUGUGCUCUAAUUUUCAACACAAUUUUCUUAUAAGUUUAAAAUGACAAAUAUUCUAAAAUCACAGGUUUAAAGAUUGAUUAUAAUGCAUUGAUUUAUUCCAGAGGAAUUGUAUUGAAUUAUUAAUUGCACUGUAGUGUUAACACUGGCAUUAUUCUAGCUGCUGCAGUAGCACAUUUUUCACUGCAGUUUUGUUGUUUUAAUGUAAUGAUUGAAUGGAACCACUUUUGGUUAUAUAGAAAGCAUGACUGUCAUGCCGAGGUGAUUUUUUAUACCAAAAAAACCCUUCCUGCACAUAAAUCUGGAAGCAUAUGAAUUCUCCUAAUAUGAAAUCUCUCCCAGUGAUGUUUCGCUUAACUAUGUUUAAGAUUCUUCUAGUAUGUCAUUUAAAGGUCUUCCCAAAGUAUUUCAGCUUAGAUCUGCAACUGGAUUUUAAUGAAUGAAAAUCAUUAUAACUGAACGGUGAAAAUGAGUGAGUCUGGCACAAAUGUCUGUCUCCAAAAAUUCAUCAUCACAAUUGAUCCUAAUUAACAAACGUUCUCUUAAUCAUUCUCCACCUUCACAUUUACUUUCAGGAGUGUUAGUAGUGGGAAUUUAAAGCUUUAAAGGACCUUGGGACCCUUCUAGAACUGAGAUGAAAUAUUCCUAAAGGGCUCUGUGAGGAAACUUACUGUUCAGGGACCUUUCUUUACUUGUUCUGUGCCUAGGAUUUUUGUAAUCAGAGAUAUUGCCUUUUCUGCUGAGAGGGGAAGCAUACAAGGAAGCGUACAAGGAUUGCCUUUUGAAAGCUUCUCUAAAGGAAUUUUUUAAAUGUUGAAAUUCCAUAAAGUAUUGCCUAAAUCUGAAUCAAGUUGUUGGCUUGUCUUUUACAAUGGUGAAAACUAGAAAGCACCUGCUGGCAGUCUUUCAAAAUGUACGAUAAACAAAGACUAUUUUUCUUUUUUUGUAUAGUGUUUGGGAGAAUCAGUGACAUGCCAAUAAAAUCAAAGCUAAUAUUGAAAAGAA